GCGGGCGGGUUGUGACGAGCGAUGUGGCGCGCGCUGCUCCGGGCCGGGAGCGCGGCCCCUCGGAGCCGGGCGGAGCGGCGAGCGGCGAGCGCGCGGACGGCGAGUAGAACGUGUGCUACCCUCACAAUGCCUGAAGUAAACACAGAUCACCUGGAUGAGCAGCAGGUGCAGCUCUUGGCAGAGAUGUGCAUCCUUAUUGAUGAAAAUGACAAUAAGAUUGGAGCAGAGACCAAGAAAAACUGUCACUUGAAUGAAAACAUUGACAAAGGUUUACUGCAUCGAGCUUUCAGUGUUUUCUUAUUUAAUACCGAGAAUAAACUGUUGCUGCAGCAGAGGUCACAUGCAAAAAUUACAUUUCCAGAUUGUUUUACCAACACUUGUUGCAGCCAUCCUCUAAGCCAUCCCCUAGAACUGGAAGAAAAUGAUGCCAUUGGUGUUCGGAGAGCAGCACAGAGACGACUGAAAGCAGAGUUGGGAAUUCCCAUGGAGCAGGUAACUCCAGAAGAAAUCUCCUACCUGACACGAAUUCACUAUAAGGCCAAGUCUGAUGGCAUCUGGGGAGAACAUGAGAUAGACUACAUCUUAUUUGUGCAGAAGGAUGUGACACUGAAUCCUGACCCCAAUGAGAUCCAAAGCUACUGCUAUGUGACACAGAAGGAACUGAAACAGCUCUUGGACAAAGCUGCUAGGAAUGAAGUUAAGAUUACUCCAUGGUUCAAGCUGAUAGCAGAGACCUUUCUUUUUAAGUGGUGGGAUAACUUGAAUAACUUGAACAGAUUUGUUGAGCAUGAAAAAAUACACCGAAUGUAAAUAUCUGGGAUAAAAGGUGCUGAAGGCUAACAAUGUGUUGUCUCAUUAACACAGAUAAAUCAUGACUUAAGUGCAGAGAAUUGAUCCACAUGGAGCAUGUUUAGUUUAUACAGAUGUUGUCAUAGCCAAUGUUUUUUCUUAUGUCUUAGUCAUCACUUCCCCCUCAUCCUUGGUUCUCUUGGGCCUGGUAUGAUCUCAUGUAAAAUGGGUAACAGGAGCAAGAAGGCCCUGGGUUCCUCUUCCUCCAUUGCCUGGUAAAAGAUCCUCAGCCCCUGUGUGCCCUGCACUCCUGGGAAGAAGCCUGGGCAUGACUGUGGGCUCUGCUGUGAUGUUGAGAAGACCAAUUGCCAGAAGAAUAAAACAAUUCAAAAUAAUCAGGAUUAUUUUUAAUUGCAGAAAGAAAAUAUCUUCAGCUACUGUACUCUAUAAUUAACCAAACCCAUAAAAGCUUAAGUAAUUGGAUUGCCUUUGUGUAGUAAGUUUGACUUUGAAGUGCUGACAUAUGUGUUAAAGCUUUAGAUAAUACAGUGUUUGAGGUUUUUCCCCCCACCAGGCUUUUCUGAUUAGUUGAUGGCUGAGUACUGGACAGCUCAUAUUUUUUAAAAAGGGUUAAUUACAGCAAAUGUAAAUGGUAUCUGGUGUCAGUAGGGAUAUACAGGAUAUGCACUAAAUGGCUCUUCUCCGUUUUCCAGAAAACAAAGGCAUCUUGAUACAAGGGCUUUUCCUGUAAUAGUCAUUCCCAGACAAACCCACUGAACCCCAAAAUUAAAGACUGGCAAUUUGUGGGCUUACAGUGGGUCUUGAUGUCAGUUAAUUAGAAAUUGUACCAGAGCUAAUCCUUUUUGAUCUUGCAGUCAAUCAAUUGCUAAUAACUUAGACUUUUUUCAAUAAGACAAAUACUCAAAGGUGCUUCAAUUUUCUAAGUUCUCCCAGAGUCUGAUGAAAUAGGAUAUUUCACUUAUCAUUACAAGUAAACAUGGUUAUAACAAUUUUGUGCCUGGAUUUGGGGUAACAUUAACUUUUUCCAGUGGUCAAGGUUUCUCUUUCUCAUCCCUGUCAUGACUGAAGCACUGUAGCUUCCAUGUACCAGUGCCUGCAGUAGUUCAGCACUUGGAGGUUUUAGAGCCAAGUUUGUUGUGUAUUGGCCAGAGCUGAUGCAUUGUUUCAAAGCAACUAGUAUCAGGUGAGGGAACAGUGAUGUGAUGUAGCAGCUCUCUUGAAUUCAGUGCAAUCAGCCAUGUUACCUAGUAAAGGCAAUGGAGAA